GCAACGGCGGAGCUGCUGGAUACACCUGUGCCUAGGGCCGCGGAGUUUCCCGUUGUCUCGCUCGGGGUCGGGUGCAGGUGAGAAGUCCAGGGGAGAGGCUUGGCCCUCUUCCUGGCUCCACCUCGGCAAUUGCUGGCGGCGGCGGCUGCAUCACCAUCGUGAGCAUUCCGGGAGCGAUCGCCCUUCCACGCCGAACUUUUAAAUUCCCCCUUUAGAAAUGCUGAGGUUCCUCAGUGAACAGACAAGUUCUAUCACAGAAAAAGGCAAUAUCUCCAGGGUGCUUGGAAGAAAGACCCAUUGAAGCAUGCAUAAGGUUUGGAAGAAGAUGGUGAGAUCCCACAGAUCAACCGAAACCUUAAAGAGCGUGCGCCUUUGACGUAGGAGCAACUGCUGCAACAUCGCCCACGAUGAGGCUGCUCCAAAGACGCUAUGGCCCACUGAAGCUGGCUUUAGUGGGCGUUGUCUUUGUGAUCUUCCUCUUCAUCAUGCAGAGAGAUGUGAGCAAAGGGGAUCAAAGGGAGGAACCUUGGCUGAAGAACAUUGUGGACAGGAAAGAUCAGAUGAUUGACAUAAUGAUGGGAGCGGUCAACAACAUCCGCGACUCUAUGCCAAAGCUGCAAAUCCGGGCUCCAGUUCAACAGGAGGCCCUUGUGCAGGACAGCAAGUCCUGCCUGCCAGGCUAUUACACGCCAGCAGAACUGAAACCCUUCAUGGAGCGUCCACCUCAGGACCCCAAUAGCCCAGGUGCUGAUGGGAAAGCUUUCAAGAAGGACCACUGGACCCAAGAAGAGACAAAGGAGAAAGAGCAUGGCUAUGAGAAGCACUGUUUCAAUGCCUAUGCCAGUGACCGGAUUUCUCUCCAGAGGGCACUGGGACCAGACACCAGACCUCCAGAGUGCAUUGAUCAAAAGUUCAAGCGCUGCCCACCCCUCCCUACCACCAGCGUCAUCAUUGUCUUCCAUAACGAGGCCUGGUCAACCUUGCUUCGCACUGUAUACAGCGUUCUGUACUCCUCCCCGGCUAUAUUGCUAAAGGAAAUCAUUCUUGUGGAUGAUGCCAGUACAGAUGACUACUUGAAAGACGAGUUGGACAACUAUGUGAAGCAACUACAGAUAGUGAAAGUCAUCCGGCAGCUGGAAAGGAAGGGUUUAAUAACUGCCCGGUUGCUUGGUGCCAGUGUUGCUAUGGGAGACGUGCUCACUUUCCUGGAUGCUCACUGUGAAUGCUUCCAUGGCUGGUUAGAGCCUCUCUUGUCACGUAUUGCAGAGGAGCCCACAGCUGUGGUCAGUCCAGAUAUCACCACCAUCGACCUGAACACUUUUGAGUUUUCCAAGCCAAUUCAAUAUGGGAAGCAGCACAGUCGGGGUAACUUCGACUGGAGUCUGACUUUUGGAUGGGAGUCUAUUCCACAACGUGAGAAGCAGAGAAGAAAAGAUGAGACAUAUCCUAUCAAGACUCCCACGUUUGCUGGUGGGCUCUUUGCCAUUUCCAAGUCCUAUUUUGAACACAUUGGCUCCUAUGACGAUCAGAUGGAGAUCUGGGGCGGGGAAAACGUGGAGAUGUCCUUUCGGGUUUGGCAGUGUGGGGGCCAGCUGGAGAUUGUUCCUUGCUCUGUGGUUGGCCAUGUGUUCCGUUCCAAGAGUCCCCACACCUUCCCAAAAGGAACUCAAGUAAUCUCCAGGAACCAGGUGCGUCUGGCAGAAGUCUGGAUGGACGACUACAAGGAAAUCUUCUACAGGAGGAACCAGCAGGCCUCUCAGAUGGCUAGAGAGAAAACCUAUGGAGACCUCGCUGAACGGCUUGAGCUGAAGGAGCGGUUACACUGCAAGAACUUCACCUGGUACCUACAAACCAUUUAUCCUGAGAUCUUCAUCCCAGACCUUACACCAGCUUUUUAUGGAGCUAUUAGAAACGAGGGUGCCAAACACUGCCUGGAUGUUGGAGAGAACAACCAUGGAGGAAAGCCACUGAUCAUGUACCCCUGCCAUGGGAUGGGAGGCAAUCAGUACUUUGAAUAUACAUCCCAGCGAGACCUGAGGCACAACAUUGGCAAGCAGCUCUGCCUGCGAUCUAAGAUGGGUCCCAUAGAGCUGGGAGACUGUCACUAUACAGGGAAACACUCCCGGGUGCCAGAAAAUGAAGAAUGGGAACUGACCAAUGAUCACCUUCUUAAAAAUGUGGCAUCUAACAAAUGUCUGUCUGCAAGAGGUGAGCAUCCCUACAUGGCUUCCUGCAACCCUGCAGAUCCCCAUCAACUUUGGUACUUCAGCUAAGCAAUUGCAGGAAACGCCAAAGCAGCGCAAGGCAAGCCUGGUUUGCCAAAGACCUCCUGUGGAAGCUUCUGUUUUCUUAACUCCACUCCCAAGAAGACAAAUUCAGGGAGAAGGGACCCAUUCAAAUAUGCUGCACAAUCACACACUUGACUCGUAACACUUUUGUGCCUUUUGGGAUAGAUUGGUCAAAGAGACACAGCAAAUCUUGGUGUACGUGUAUAUAUAUAUUAUUAAGUAAAAGUUGCAAGCUGGUAUGUUUGCCCUUUAGAGAGUACCAUAAGUAUUGUUAAUCAAAGCUCCAUAUUGUGAGACGGACAACAUUGGUGAUUGUAUUCUGCGGUAGAUUAAAAGUGGGAGUGGGGGGCAUUGAUAGGAUAUGAUUUUUCCCCCUAACUAGUUAUGCUGUGAGCAAAGUAGGAAAUAGCACUCUGCGGGAACGAGCUAUGGAGCCUGUCCUAUGGAAUAGCUUGUCUGCAGGAUUGUUUAGAAAAAUAUCUUAUGCCAAAGAUACUGACUUUAAUCUCUGUUACAUAGGAAGUGUAUCUUCUGACAGUAUUGGGCUGUAGAAGGAGAAACUGCAUCAUAAAUGCCUGGGGAGAGAUUUGUAAUAGUUUCUUAGCUCCUUUUGUUUGAAAAAAGGUCUUGCACAGAGAUGCUGUUAGGUAGCGGGCAACUGUUGUUCCCGAAGUUUCAGUAGGUUAGCCCUGCACGUUAAAAUAGUAAACACUGAACUGUAGUAUUGUGCCGUGGCUGAAAUCCUCAUCUCUUUGCACAGGCUGGGGCCAGUGCCUUACCCCAUCAGGUUUUGGGACCUCUCGUCAGCAUGCUGCAAAUAUGUUGGAUAUUUUCUUUUUAAGCAUCCUCUAGUCAGCUUACUCCUCUACCAAAGAAAAGCGGACUUGGGAAAGGUGAUGCAGUUCUUGGUUUCAUACCAAGGAGUGAUGAAGGCUGACGUUUUGCUAGACAUUUUCUUGUGACUCAUGUCAAGGAUUGGAUAUCAACAUGACUUGGUUCCCCACCUGUCUGUGGGACCAGCACAGGUAGUCUGCAUGGUUUGACAAGCUCCUGCAGGUACUUGCCUUUCCUCUGGAUACUUCCAUAACCUUGACUGUACAUGGCAAUGCCUUGAGUGAGAAAAGCUGGUAACGUGCCUUGAUUUUUAAGACCAACUGGGGAAGCUAUUUCCCUGGAGGAAAUGGGUGCUGUUAGAAGUGUGCAAAAUCACCUUCAUGGGUGGGUGUUAAAAGAGUAGCACACCAGGGAGUGAGUGUGUCUUGACAAGAAAACCUGUGGGAGUAAAUUAAUGCUGGAUAUUGCCAGUUACAAUUGCCUGCUGGAGCAAAUCAUCGUCCCCCUUAUUUGAUUUGUAUGCUAUUAAAAAUACUUAGCGAUAUACUUGAUUCUUGGAUUUCAUUGUCAGUGGGGAUUUUUUUUUUUUAAAAAGGUUGAGAUGCUGUUCAUCCACAGAGUAGUAGCUUCUUCAUGACUUGACAAUGAGCCUCUUCUUCACCUGUAGCUGAUUAGCUAUUGGACUGUCAAUUUAAUGCAAAACAUAGAAAUGAAUCUGAAGGAAAACUAUGUCCAGAACUUCUGUGAACUGGGUGUUUUUGAGCACACUACAGUUUAAGAGCUGAUUGGCUGAUACAGGGGAUUGAAAUAGCCUGUCCAUGGGAGGUUCCUUCUACUUAAAGUGCACAGCUGGUUUCUGUUCCACUUGUGAUGGGAUGACAAAAUGAUGCUGCUGACUUUUCCUGUAUUUUGAAUAUGGGUGGCAGCAUUGGUUUUCCCAAGCGAUUGUGUUCAUUUCCAGGAAGGCUUCAGUUGAAAUGGGAAGGCCUGCCUUUGUUAAACUCAAUUGGAAAUAAUAAAAUUCUAUUUUACAAGCGAA